GUUUGUGCAGGUCCCACUGGGGCUUCCGGCACUGUCACCUCCCUUCCUUCGGUCCUGUCGCCUCUCCGUGAAGACCAGCCUGCUGUGCGCGUCCUGGCUCCGGCUCCCGCUCUUCCAGAUUUGCUCCGUGGGACACCCGUCACCAGGUGCUUUCGGCUGAUAGUUGGAGCCCACAGGCGCGAUGCCGGAGCAGAGCAAUGAUUACCGGGUGGCCGUGUUCGGAGCGGGUGGUGUCGGCAAGAGCUCCCUCGUCUUGAGGUUUGUGAAGGGCACCUUCCGGGAGAGCUACAUCCCCACCGUGGAGGACACUUACCGGCAGGUCAUCAGCUGUGACAAGAGCAUCUGCACCCUGCAGAUCACGGACACCACAGGCAGCCACCAGUUCCCCGCCAUGCAGAGGCUGUCCAUCUCCAAGGGGCAUGCCUUCAUCCUGGUGUACUCCAUCACCAGCCGGCAGUCCCUGGAGGAGCUCAAGCCCAUCUACGAGCAGAUCUGCGAGAUCAAAGGGGAUGUGGAGAGCAUCCCCAUCAUGCUGGUGGGGAACAAGUGCGACGAGAGCCCGAGCCGCGAGGUGGAGAGCGGCGAGGCCGAGGCCCUGGCCCGCAAGUGGAAGUGCGCCUUCAUGGAGACCUCGGCCAAGCUCAACCACAACGUGAAGGAGCUCUUCCAGGAGCUGCUCAACCUGGAGAAGCGCCGGACCGUGAGCCUGCAGGUGGAUGGGAAGAAGAGCAAGCAGCAGCGGCGGAAGGAGAAGCUCCAGGGCAAGUGCACGGUCAUGUGAACCCCUUCCCGCCCCCGCCCG